CCCCGCCAUGCCCGUCGCUCUCGGCGAGGCCGCUCUCGACACGCCCACCUUCCGCGCGUCGGCCGUGCACUUCGCCGACCAGCUCGACGCCAUGGAGCGCUGGCUCGACGCCUACAUGCGCAGCUCUUCCAAGCUGGCCCACGACGUGCUGGCCCUCGAGGACACCAUCAACACAUACCUGGGCAAGCUGACUCUCCCGCCCGCCAACGCCGCCACCCUCGCCGACGCCCUCCUCGAUGCCGACUACACCAUGCUGGCCCUGCGCCGCUCCAGCGACGGCGCCCGCGAGUGGUGGGGCGCCUUCCUGGCUGCUGCCCGCCGCCUCGAGCCCGUCGGCGUCGAGCCCAUCCGCCUUUUCGUCAACGGCGAGCUGCGCGCCUUCAAGGACACGCGCCGCGCCCUCGACGCCACCCAGAAGACUUUCGACACCACCCUCGCCCGCUACGUCGGCCAGAGCAAGACCAAGGAGCCCAGCUCCCUGCGCGAAGACGCCUUCGCCGUCUUCGAGACUCGCAAGGCCUACCUCAAGGCCAGCCUCGACUUUUGCCACAUGGCUCCCCAGCUGCGCCUCUCCCUCGACAAGCUCCUGGUGCGCGUCUGCGCCGACCUGCACCGCGAUAUCACGAGGCGGUCGCGCGACACGGCCGGCACCACCCGCGGCGAGGAGCUCGAGCGCAUCCGUGGCUGGUCUAAGGAGAUGGAGGCGUCCGAGCCCGUCUUCCGCCGCGAGCUGCAGGCCGCCCGCCGCGACAUUGGCGAGAGCACGCUGGCCGUCUGGAAGCCCUCGCGCGAGCUCGAGGACUACAGCAUAUCCACCGUGCCCUACCUAGGCUCGAGGGGCCCCGUGAGCGUCCAGGCCAAGGACCAGGUGGCCGUCAUCUCGGAGAAGCAGGGCUGGCUGUUCCUGCGCGUCCUGUCAGGGAAGCCCGUCAGGACCACCUGGGUCCGCCGCUGGUACUACUGCCGCGACGGUAUCUUUGGCUGGCUCGUCCAGGGCCCCCAGGGCGUCCUGCAGGGCGACGAGAUUGGAGUGCUACUGUGCAGCGCCAAGCCCGCCGUCCAGGAGGAGCGCCGCUUCUGCUUCGAGGUCAAGACCAAGACCCAGACCAUCCUCCUGCAGGCCGAGACACAGGCCCAGCUGAUCGAGUGGCUCGAGGUCUUUGAGUUCGCCAAGAAGAAGGCCUUCGAAACGAGCAUAGCCCGAGACCAGAUCGCCACCGUAGCCGGCCUCGAUCCCGCAUUCACCAUCACGCACCCCUCCAUCCCCGAGUUCUCGGCCAUGUCGCUGGAGGGCCUGGAAGAGGCGGGCAGCGCGCUCGAGAGAGCAGGCACCCUGCCCGUUCCCGGGCCCGACGGGACCGUGGUAUCACGGUCCAGCUUCGACGUUGGCUCCUCUGCGGCUGUGGCUCGACGUCCCCUGUCCACUCUCGGACGCGAGGAGGGCGAGAGCGGCCGAGACCACGCUGCCCGCAUCAUGCAGAAGCUCGACCUACACCGCAAGUCGGCCUUUGCCAGCUCGUCCGAGGCCAUCUCGCCCGGCGGUGGUAUUGCUAACCUGAUUACGGCCAGUGCCAACCUACUCCCUGGCUACGCCGUCAGCCCCUCUCCUGUUUCCGGGCAAGCCCCUCCCCUCCGCCUGCCGAACCCCCUAGCCGCUCAGGCCAUGGACAACCACCAGGGGAGCCUGGCUCCAGUAACGCUAGCUAGGCCGCCAGUCUCUACAAAUCUUAGCAAGGCAGCCGUCCUAGUGAGCGCCGGCACAGGCGCCGGCCGCAGCCUGCCCAGCGCGGUUCUGGCCAACUACUGGGGCAGCAGCCCCUGGGUGUCCAUGUUCAGUACCGGGCCAGCGCAAUCCCGGAACUUUUCCUCGGGCGACGCUCCGUUCCUAGCCACCUCUCAACCGCGAACCACAUCCACGGCAGCAACCGCGACUACCCUUGUUGGUUUGCACAGGAAGACAGCGAGCGUAGACGCCAAGAUUAUGGAUGCCAAGUCGCUGGAAAAGGUCAUGGCCGAUGUGUUUCCUCCCAACUAUCCGGCCGCACUCAAAGCGCAGUAUCCCCAGUUCCGGCUGAUUUUCCCGUCGGUGCCGCCCGACGAGAAGCCGGUGCUAAUCUUCAACGCCGCCUGGCUAAGCUCGUCUGGGGACUCGCGGCAGGGCCAGAACGAGAGCAUGGCCGGCAAUGGCCGCAUCUUUGUCACGCCUGACAACAUGUACUUCUACGGGCAUCAAAUGGGCCUCGUUAUCUCCUACAGCAUCAACCUCGAGGCCAUAACCGAGGUCACGGCGGCGCCGGGCAAGGACUGUGAUUUCAUCUACCUCCACCUGAUCCAGGACAUGAGCGAGAGCGGCCUCUCGCGCGUCACGGUCAAGGUCUUCUUGGAGGACUUCAACCUCCUCUACGCGCGCCUCAACCUGCUCGUCGACGACCUGCAGGCGGAGGAGCCGAUGGAUCUGUCGGGCAUCGUCGAGGCCUUGGUCAACCUGGACAAGCCGCAGUACGAGAGGAGGAGCCCCAGCGUGGAAAGCUGGGAGGAGGUGUCGGCCAACACGCCCAUCGACGACGGCACUCCGUCGGGGCGGCCCGUCAUGAGACGAGUCGAGGAUCUGAAAUACCGCCUGUCUAGGGGAGGGCACGGUAAGCCGGUCCCCAAACUGCAGCUGCCGGCCCACCCCGUCUCGUACGAGCCCGAGGGCAUGGGCAAGUGCGUGGCCGAGAGGCAUUUCGAGGUUAGCGCCAAGGCGUGCUUCCACGUCUUGUUUGGCGACAAGAGCUUCAUCUUCCCCAAGCUCUACUUUGAGCGGCAGGCCAAGCAGAUCUCGCAGGGGCCCUGGGAGCUCCAGGACCACGGCCGCAUGAAGCGGCAGUUCCGGUUCAAGGUCGACUACGUCGACAUGCUGGGGCGGCCCAAGCCCGGCGACGUAACCGACUCGCAGUCGAUCGACAUCUUCAACGACCACAUUACGUACGUGGUGACGCACAUCAAGACGCCGUGGCACCUCCCGCAGUCGCACGCCUUCAAGCUCGUGGCCAAGGUGGUGAUUACGCACGUGGCAAAGUCAAAGUGCAAGCUGGCCAUCUUCACCAAGGUCGACUGGUCCAAGGCGCCGGCCUUCGCCAAGAGCAUGGUGCAGCGGCAGGCGCUCGGCGACGCGACCAACGACGCCGAGGAGCUGGCCGAGGUGGCGACGGACCAGGUGCGCAAGCUUGGCCCCAACAGCCGGACCAAGCGCGCCAUCCAGGUCUACGGCAACAUUGGCCACCAGACGCAGGCCGUCAUCUUCACCCCCGACACGGCGGCCGAGGCCGGCAAGAAGGCCAUGGUCCGCCCGCGCACCCUGACCGACAUGCUGCUCGAGACGGGCCGCUCGCUCAUGGAGAGCGCCAUCACGUCCGUCAUGAUGUGGGCCUUUGCCGGGCUCAAGCGCAUCUUCACCGUCUUCACCGCCCACCGCGUCAUCCUGCUGCUGCUGGCCCUGAGCGCCGCCUACAACGUCGUCGUCGUGUCGAGGGCGAGCUCGACCUGGUGGGCCGAGCGCCGCGCCGCCAACUACAUGGACCGCAUCGGCGUCAGGCCGAACCUAAUGAUGAGCAAGGCCAUCCGCCUGGUCGACCUGGAAGAGGCGGCGCGCGGGGCCUCGGUCUCGCUGUCGACGCCCUCCAACAGCCAAUGCUACGACAACUUCCAGGCCAUCGCUAACAUGACGGACCUUGACGGGCCGUACCACGACGCCGGCACGGCCUUCUCGUCGGCCAGCAGCAAGGCCGCCGCGCGCCGGCUGCAGCGCACGCGCCAGCGCCUCGGCGGCUACCGCCACGACCUGCUCGUCGCCAUGCGCAUCAUCAACGGCAUCGAGGUCGAGAUGCUCCAGUCUGAGUGGGAGAACUGGCUCGCCGACGAGAACUUGCGCUGCGAGCAGGUCCGCCAGAUGCUCCUGCGCAAUGCCGCCAACGACGGCGGCAGUAAGCCAGGGGAUGGAGGCGAGCAGCAACAGCAGCGCGUGUUGGCGGAAGAGCAAGACGGCCAGAGGACGGCGAUCCCGGGCAGUGGCAAGGCCGACGACGGCAAGGCCGUCAAGCGCCGCGAGGGCCUGCGCAGGUGGCACGACGACUACUGCGGCAGCUGCGAGGCCGACCAGCGCGCGCUGCUGACGGGCCGCACAUCGUUGGUUAUGUGA